CGCCGCGGUCCCGAUUCUAAAGUCCCCAGUCACCCACCCCGACUCAGAUUCUCCCCAGAGGCCGAGGAUGGCGCUCAUGGCGCCCCAAACCCUCCUCCUGCUGCUCUCGGGGGCCCUGGCCCUGACCCAGACCCUGGAGGACUCCCACUCCCUGACGUAUUUCUACACUGCGGUGUCCCGGCCCGGCCGUGGGAAGCCGAGCUUCAUCGCCGUGGGCUACGUGGAUGACACGGAGUUCGAGCGGUUCCACAGCGACGCCGCCAGUCCGAGGAUGGAUCCGCGGGCGCCGUGGAUGGAGCAGGAGGGGCCGGAGUAUUGGGACCGGGAGACAACUUGCCUCAAGGCGGAAGCACGGAGUAGCGAAAUGUCCGUGAGGAUCCUGGCCGGCCACUACAACCUGAGCGACGCCAGGUCUCACACCUACCAGAGGGUAUACGGCUGCGAAGUGGGGCCAGAUGGGCGCUUCCUCCGUGGGUAUGACAAGAGAGCCUACGACGGCAAGGAUCACAUCGCUCUGAACGAGGACCUGCGCUCCUGGACUGCCGCAGUCAUGGAGGCUCAGAUCAGCCAGCGCCGGCUGGAGGCGAACAAUGUGGCCGAGAGGAUGAGAGCCUACCUGGAGGGCGAGUGCGUGGAGUGGCUCCGCAGACACCUCGAGAACGGGAAGGAGACGCUGCAGCGCCUGGACCCCCCAAAGACACAUGUGACCCACCACCCCGUCUCUGACCAUGAGGCCACCCUGAGGUGCUGGGCUCUGGGCUUCUACCCUGCGGAGAUCACACUGACCUGGGAGCGGGAUGGGGAGGAGCAGAUUCAGGACACGGAGCUUGUGGAGACCAGGCCAUCAGGGGAUGGAACCUUCCAGAAGUGGGCAGCUGUGGUGGUGCCUUCUGGAGAAGAGCAGAGAUACACAUGCCAUGUGCAGCACAAGGGGCUGCUGGAGCCCCUCACCCUGACAUGGGAGCGGUCUUCCCAGCCCACCGUCCCCAUUGUGGGCAUUGUUGCUGGCCUGGCUAUCCUAGGAGCCAUGGUCACUGGAGCUGUGGUCACUGCUGUGCUGUUGCGGAGGAAGAGCUCAGGUGGAAAAAGAGGGAGCUACUCUCAGGCUGCGUGUAAGUGGUGGGGGCGGGAGUGUGGAGGAGCUCACCCACCCCAUAAUUCCUCCUGGCCCACAUCUCCUGUGGGGUCUGACCAGGUCCUGUUUUUGUUCUACCGCAGGCAGUGACAGUUCCCAGGGCUCUGAUGUGUCUCUCACGGCUUGUAAAGCCUGAGACAGCUGCUUGUGUGGGACUGAGAUGCAGGAUUUCUUCACGCCUCCCCUGUGUGACUUCAGGAGCCUCUGGCAUCUCUUUCUGCAAAGGUCUCUGAAUGUGUCUGCAUCCCUAUUAGCAUAAUGUGAGGAGGUGGAGAGACAGCCCACCCCGGGUCCACUGUGACCCCCGUCCCCACACUGACCUGUGUUCCCUCCCCAGUCAUCUUUCCUGUUCCAAGAGGUAGGGCUGGGUGUCUUCAUUUCUCUCUCAACUUCAUGGUGCCCUGAGCUGCAACCUCUUACUUUCCUACUGAAAAUAAGAAUCUGAAUAUAAAUUUGUUUUCUCAAAUAUUAAGCUGAUGGGUUAAUUAAAUAAACCAAUUCCUAAAAUUUGAGAGAGGAAAUAAAAGACCUGAGAACCUUCCAGAGUCCGCAUGCUAGGUGUGCUGAGUCUGUUGCAGGUGGGGAUGGAGAAGGCUGUGAGGAGCCGAGUGUGGAUGGGGCCUGUGCCCAGUUGCUGCUGAGUCCAUCAUGGGCUUUAUGUGGUCAGUCCUCAGCUGGGUCAGCUUCACUGCUCCAUUGUCCUUGUUCCUUCAGUGGAAAAUUGUCCAGUGAAAGCUGUGACCACAGAGGCUCACACAUUGCCCAGGGCGGCCCCUGCACACGGGAGUCUCUGUGUUUCUGAGACAAAUUUUCAGACCCAUUCAGCUCCUGCCCUCCUUCUAGGGCUCCUCUUCUGCUCUGCUCUCCUGCCCUCUCUCCCUGCCCUGGUUCUAGUGAUCUUGGUGCUGGCUCCAAUCCCAACUCAUGAAUCUAAAGCAGAGUCUAAUUUAGAUUCGUAUUUGUUUGUAAAAUUGGGUCCAUAGUCAAGAAUUGUACUUUCCUGAAGGGAGAAGCUUGGUCGUGUGCUGCAGCAUGUGGGGGGUGGGGGGUGGGGGGGUUGGAGGUGGUUGGUGUGGGAGGAAGAACACAAGCAGCCCUGCUGACGAAAGCUCAGACAGCUGGAUGUCAGUGUGAGGGGACUUUGUGCUGUAGCUGCUACAAAACAGCACUUGGCCUGAGGCUAUGUUAAUAAAGAUACUGUCUUUAGAAUAGG